AUGAGCGCAGCCUUGCAGAUGACGGCCUUCGUCCUUGCUCUUCUCUCAACGCUCUUCCUGCUCCUUGCCACGUGCACCGACUGCUGGAUGGUGAACGCUGAUGACAGCUUGGAGGUCAGUCACAAAUGCCGGGGGCUUUGGAGGGAGUGUGUCACCAACAUGCAGGAUGGGGUCAGGACCUGCGACCAGUAUGACUCCAUUUUGGCGGACCACCCAGUGAAGAUCGUGGUGACCCGGACCCUGCUGAUCACAGCGGACCUCCUGGCUGGCCUGGCUUUGGCUACGUUGCUCCUUGGGCUCGACUGUGUCAAGUUCCUCAAGGAGGAGCCUCGCGUCAAACUGAAGAUGUGCUACGGGGCCGGUGUCAUCCUCGGCCUCGGGAGCAUCCUGGGUCUUGUGGGCUCCGUGUGGUACGCGGUGGACGUCUACGUGGAGAGAGCCAUGCUGGUGUCGCACAAUAUAUUCCUGGGAGUCCACUACGACUUCGGGUGGUCGUGCUGGCUGGGGAUGGCCGGCUCGACGGGCUGCUUCGUGGCAUCCGUCCUGCUGACCUGCUGCCUCCACGCCUGCGCAGGGACGUACGCGGGGCCACGGACCAGCUCAGGGGGCGCGGGCACUUCUUGCAGGGUCCAGCCGAAGCAAGGGGAAGCCCUUGGCAGCCAAGGCUGCGCCUCGGCCGGGGAGGCCGGGUCACGCCAGGCAGGACGGGGCUGCGUGGGGACCCCAUGA